UUAAUCCACCGGGUACAUAUAUGAUGUAGUGGAGCCGAGAACUGUACACUUGGUUCUUCAAAGACAGCAAACACAAUGGCGCGGACGACGGGAGCACUAACGGCGGUUAUCGUGGCUGGUCUGUGUGUAACUAUCGCUUGUGGUGCGAACUUAAAAGACGGUACAGAAGGAAAUGACGUCGGCACACCAGCUCCAACCGUCACAUCCACUGAGAAGGCUGCCAUUGAUCACCUAGUGGACUCCAUCAAGGGGUACCGCAUCGUCGGUAUUAACAAACAACCAUGCCAACAGCUUGGAGGGAUGUACAUUAUGUUCAACUGCAUAAUUUUAACACCGGCAAAAGGGUGGAAGACAAUGCAAUUAGGAAACAAGAUCAUCGGUGGUUAGCGUGACCAGGGCAGAACAUUUAACAAAGAACAAAGGACCGCGAUGUUUUAUGGACAGUGUUGCAAUUGCUUAUUUAUAUAUUGUAUUCGCAAAUUAAUGACCAUUAGAUAAUGUAGCUUGGAAAACAUAUUGCUUUCAUGUAGAGUAAAAUCUUUUUACUUAUGUAUUGUUUUCGCAAAUUAAAAAGUGCAUCUUC